AUGGAUUUAGAGUUCAGUCCUCCCAGGAGGGAAUAUACGCGUGAAGAGAUUAAUCGUUGCUACCUGCGGUGGCAGCAGCUUCGUAACGAACAUGGUGCGAAUGUCGAGUCUAUGAAGGAGUACCAGUACUAUACGGCUGUGUUGAGGAUGGCUGCCAGACAACAGCAGCAGCGACAACAACAACAACAACAACAACAGCAGCAGCAGCAAUUGCAGAAUGCAACAACAGCAGCAGCAGCUAGUUCGGCUUCGCCGAAUAACAUACCGACUCCGUCUGCUUAUACCCCUGGCAGUAAUGGUAUGGGCCCUGUAGCAGCAACAGCGGUACCACCACCACAUAUGUCACCACAGGUAGGACCUCAGCCGAUCGCGCCGGCUUCUGGUCUAACAGUAGGAGUGAAUACGCCAGCUAGCACCAAUUCUAAUUCUAAUUCUAAUUCUAAUAAUAAUAAUAAUAAUAAUAACGCGUCAUCAUCACGGUCUUUGUUCACAGAUGAACAGUCGCUCUUGUUGAAGGCACAGAUCCAAUCUCUUAAGAUGAUGGCUAACCACAUGGUCGUACCACCAGAGAUUAUGAUGGUCAUUGAUCGGUCUUUGACCAAUUUACUGGAUUUCAAAUCCAUUCUACUGGCGUUGAGUGCCGAUUUACAAGCUCAUAAUGCUGGCCAGCAGAUGCAACCUCCAGUACAACAACAACAACAACAACAACAACAACAGAAUAAUGUACCGCAGCAGAAGCUUUCGCCUCAGGUACGCCAAGGCGUGAAGAAACCAGUACAGAAGGUUCGUCAACCCAAAAAGGGUAAGGUGGAAUCACCAGUAGCAGCAGCUUCGCAACCACUUGUACAAAAUAACAUGCCUGCUCAACUGGUAAAUACCACGGCAAAUAUAAACCCAGCUUCUCCUAUAGUGACGUCAGAACCCACUCCUAUGGCAGUUCAGUCCCCAAUGGUGGAACCUUCGCGCCCUAUUUCUCCUCCUAUUCCGGACCAGGACCCCCCAAAACAAGAACCUCCCGCUCUUUUAUCCACAUACAAGAAGCAACAUGAAGAUAUAGAAAAGUACAUCGACGUAGCUUCACCGCAUAUUAUGGUGGAUUGUUUCUCGUACCCAGAACAAGGCGGCAUUCCAGGCUCCACACCGUUGGUACCACCAAUUAGUUAUACGGAUCUUCUUAACCAACAAAAUCUUUCUAUCACCCCCAGUCUGUUACCCGUUGGUCUGGAUCCAAGGUCUGCUAUGGAAACUUACCAAACUCUCAUCGCUUUGGAUUUAGAUACAUCACUGGAUUUUUGUUUGCAACAACUAUUAGAAUCAGAUUCUCAAGUAAAGGAUAAAGGGGAAUUGAUUAUGGACUAUAAUGCAAUGCAGUUACUUCCUUUACAAAAAGCUAUUAGAGGUUAUGUAUUGUCAUUUGAAUGGUAUCAAAGCACACUUCUCACUAAUAUUCAUCCUAACUUUUUAUCCAAAAAUCGUGGUUUAAACAUUCAAGAUGCUUUGUUGACUAGAGAAUUGUUUAAAUCACGAGAAUUACAACAGUACGAAAAACAACAACUUGAAAAAUCUUCUAAAUUGAAUUCAAUCUUGGACCGUUGUAAAUCGAUACAUGAUUUGAGAAUAGAUAAAAAAGCUCAGCGUGUUAAGUUAGGUCACAGGUUGAUAAACUUACACACGAACUUGGAAAAAGAAGAAUUGAAAAGAAUUGAAAGAAAUGCCAAACAACGUUUGCAAGCAUUGAAAGCUAACGAUGAAGAAGCAUAUAUUAAGUUGUUGGAUCAGACAAAGGACACAAGAAUUACGCAUUUGUUGAAACAGACUAACACUUUCUUGGAUUCUUUAACCAAAGCUGUUAAGGAUCAACAGUCUUUCACUAAAGAUAAGAUCGAAUCUCACCUUGACACUCAGGAACUUAGCGAAGACAACGUGGGUGAUAAAAACGGAGCAGACUCUGAUGAUGACUUGGAACGUGAGAGAAUCGAUUAUUAUGAAGUUGCUCAUAGUAUCAAGGAAGAAGUGAAACAACAACCAUCCAUCCUUGUAGGUGGUACUUUGAAAGAAUAUCAAUUGAAAGGUCUACAGUGGAUGGUGUCUCUUUUCAAUAACCACUUGAACGGUAUCUUAGCAGACGAAAUGGGUCUAGGUAAAACUAUUCAAACAAUUUCUCUUUUAACCUACUUGUACGAAGCUAAGGGGGUCCAUGGUCCAUUUUUAGUUAUUGUUCCGUUAUCCACUUUGACCAACUGGAAUGCAGAGUUUGAUAAAUGGGCACCUAAGUUGCGGAAGAUAGCUUUCAAGGGUCCUCCAAUGGAACGUAAACCUAAACAAGCGUUAAUCAAAAAUCGUGAAUUUGAUGUAGUGUUAACAACCUUCGAAUAUAUUAUCAAAGAGCGUCCAUUACUUUCUAAGAUAAAAUGGGUUCACACAAUUAUUGAUGAGGGUCACAGAAUGAAGAACGCUCAAUCUAAGCUUUCUUUAACUUUGAACACAUAUUAUCAUUCUGAUUAUCGUUUGAUUUUGACUGGUACCCCUUUACAGAAUAAUUUGCCAGAACUAUGGGCCCUUUUAAACUUCGUUUUGCCAAAAAUUUUCAAUUCUGUGAAAUCUUUCGAUGAAUGGUUCAAUACACCGUUUGCAAACACUGGUGGUCAAGACAAGAUAGCAUUGAGCGAAGAAGAAACUUUAUUGGUCAUUAGAAGAUUACAUAAGGUACUCAGACCUUUCUUGCUUCGUCGUUUAAAGAAAGAUGUUGAAAAAGAUCUUCCUGAUAAAGUAGAAAAGGUUUUGAAAUGUAAGAUGAGUGCAUUACAACACAAAUUAUACCAACAGAUGUUGAAGCAUCGUAGGCUAUUCAUUUUUGAUGAUUCAAGUAACCAGAAGUUCUCUAGUUCUCGUGGGUUUAACAAUCAAAUCAUGCAACUCAGGAAGAUUUGUAAUCAUCCGUUCGUAUUCGAAGAAGUGGAAGAUCAAAUCAAUCCAGCAAGGGAAACGAACGAUACCAUUUGGAGAAGUGCCGGUAAAUUCGAACUGCUAGAACGUAUUUUACCAAAGUUCAAGGCUACCGGUCAUAGAGUUCUAAUUUUCUUCCAAAUGACGCAAGUUAUGGAUAUCAUGGAAGAUUUCUUGAGAUAUCUUGACAUGAAAUACUUAAGAUUAGACGGUCAUACUAAAUCUGAUGAUCGUACUGCAUUAUUAAACACUUUCAAUGCCCCAAACUCUGAUUAUUUCUGUUUCCUUUUAUCUACAAGAGCUGGUGGUUUAGGUUUAAAUUUGCAAACUGCAGAUACCGUUAUCAUUUUUGAUACUGAUUGGAAUCCUCACCAGGAUUUACAGGCCCAAGACAGAGCUCAUAGAAUCGGUCAAAAGAAUGAAGUGCGUAUUCUUAGAUUAAUUACAGACAAUUCAGUGGAAGAAGCAAUUCUUGAUAAGGCGCAUGCCAAAUUGGACAUUGACGGAAAAGUUAUUCAAGCAGGUAAGUUUGAUAACAAAUCAACAGCUGAAGAACAAGAGGCAUUAUUGAGAUCGUUACUAGAAGCUGAGGAAGAGGAAAAGAAAAGACGUGAGUUAGGCAUUGAAGAAGAAGAGCAGUUGGAUGAUAACGAACUCAAUGAAAUCUUGGCGAGAAACGAAAAUGAAAUAAAAGUAUUCCAGGAGUUGGAUGCUCAAAGGAUCAGAACACAGAUGGAAAACGGUAUAACAAACAGACUUAUGGAGAACUCAGAGCUUCCUGAAUGUUACAAUGUUGACAUUGAAGCAAAGCUUGCAGAAGAGGAAAAGCAGAACGUGUUUGUUGGAGGAAGAGGUAAUAGAGAGAGAAGAACUGCGCACUACUCUGAUGAAUUAUCUGAAGAACAAUGGUUAAGGCAAUUUGAAGUCAGUGAAAAUGAAGAUGAAGAAGGUGACGCUGGCCCAAAGAGAAGGAGAAGGAGAGCCGCUGAAAAUAAUGCUAAAAGGGCAAAACUUGAGACAAACAAAGAACUUGACGGUCCAGCUACAGGAACGGAAAAUACUCCUGUUUUAGAUCCGCAAGAAUCAAAUGGAGACUCUGCUCCAUCUGGUGUUAUUGCCGGUAAAACUUCAAUUAAGACUGCAAAGAAGACCAGCAAGGGUAGGAAGAAAACUUCAACUGCCGUUCGUAAGAAUGGCAGAAACUAUCUGCGUUCAGCAGAUAAUGCUACAAAAACUUUGAAAGAAAGACAAGAAAUUAGUCAAAAAGCUCGUGAAUUGUACGACUAUGCUGUAUACUAUAGAAAUGCCGAUGAUAGAAGACUUUCAGAUAUUUUCCUAGUGAAACCAUCCAAACGACUCUAUCCAGACUAUUAUUUGUUGAUCAAAUAUCCUGCCGCAUUUGAAAAUGUCAUGAAACACAUUGAUCUGAAUGUUUAUGAUUCUUUGAAACAGGUUGUCGAAGAUUUCCAUUUGAUUUUUGCCAACGCUAGAAUAUACAACACAGAAGAUUCAAUCAUAUUUAGGGACUCAUUGGAGUUGGAAGAUGCAGUGAUCGCGAAGUGGAAAGAAAUGACAAACGAACAAGAAGAGGUGGACUUUAGUGAAUUUGAUGAAGAGUUUGCAACUCCACCCUUGAUACCACCAUCUACACCUGUAUAG